GCUCGGAUUCUCGGAUCUGCUCCUGCUUCGUGUCGUGGUGCAUAAUUUUCGAUUCCCCGCCGUCCGUCCGUCCGCCUUGGGUGCAUCCCUCUCGAAAAGUGCAGUGUUUUUUUUUCUCCUGUGUGUGUGUUGUCCAUUUCGCGUUCCAUCUGGAUUUCCUCCGGUGGCUGUGGAAGGUUCUGCGUGGAAAGUUCGGUUUGGCGGCCAGAACCAGUCGGAACACAGCAGUGACUUUGCCCAAUUUAGAAGGUCAGCACCAAAUCGACGGCGGCGAAAUUGAAACUACUGCGCCGUAGUUUCGCAACAUUUUGAGCAAGGGAAGCGUAACGAUUGCAGCAAAGCUGGCGUCCCCGGCGGUCGUGAUGCAACAGGAGGAACCGUCGUCCACGGGCAGAAUGUCCCGCAAGCGGCCACGUGAGCCCGCUCCAGUUCCCGCUAGUCCGGACGAAUCGUCGUCGGUGUCCAUAAGCAUUCCGGAGCGACCAAAGAACGGGGCUGGCGGAGCGAAGAACGGCACAGAUUCUGGAGUCAGUGGCAGCAAUAGCGGCAGCAGUAGCAAUAACGGAGCCACACAGAAGCGGUUCAGCAGUAUCCGAAUCGAGGAUGACGGGAUGGAGACUGGCAGCAGUGACAACUUUUGGCCGCCCAGCGAUGAGAGCAUACGGAACGGGCAUGUCAGCUUUGACAUGCCAUCGUCCUCGUCGCGACCCGCCGCCGCCACCAUCGCUCCAAUCGUUCCAGUGGCCUCACUGUCCAGCCUAUCCAGCCAGCUGGGAAGUGGCGUCGAGCACAGCCCACCAGUCACAAUCUGCAAACCGGCCCCAUACUCGGACGAGCCAGAUGCCGUGGUGGAGCGCGACCGGUGCGAUUACGCCCAGAAGAUCACAUACCAGAUGGCCCGCUCGGGCACGGCCCCGCGGAGGAUCCGCGUGUACGCCGACGGUAUCUACGAUCUGUUCCACCAGGGCCACGCCCGGCAGCUGAUGCAGGCCAAGAACGUGUUUCCCAACGUGUAUCUAAUUGUUGGCGUGUGCAACGAUGAGCUAACGCACAGCCGGAAGGGUCGCACCGUGAUGAACGACGACGAGCGUUACGAGGCGGUGCGACACUGUCGCUACGUCGAUGAGAUUAUCCGCGACGCGCCCUGGGAGCUGACGGACGAGUUUCUCGAGAACAACAAGAUCGACUUUGUGGCCCACGACGAGCUCCCGUACGGCAGCGAAGACUGCAACGAUCUGUACGCGCCGAUCAAAGCGCGCGGCAUGUUCGUCGCGACCGAGCGCACCGAGGGCGUCAGCACAUCCGACAUCGUGGCCCGGAUAGUGAAGGACUACGACAUCUACGUGCGGCGAAAUCUGGCCCGCGGGUACACAGCCAAAGAACUGAACGUGUCGUUCCUGUCGGAGAAGAAGUUCCGCUUCCAGAACAAGAUGGACGAGCUGAAGGACAAGGUGAAGAAGGGCAAGGGCGACAUCAUCAGCAAGUGGGAGGAAAAAUCCACCGACUUUAUUCGCACCUUUUUGCUGAUGUUUGGCAAGGACAGUCGAAUCUCAAACUUUCUGUCCGACUCGAAGCAGAAGCUCAAAUCGGCGCUCAGCCCGCCGGGCAGCCCAACCGGCAGCCACAGCAGUUUGAACGAGUUUGGUGACGAGGACGAGGAGGAGGAAGAGGACGGAUACGGCGAGAGUCCGAGCGAUUCGGUGCUGGAUUCACCCCCGAUGAAGCGCUCGAAUCUGGCCCGGUCUAGCUCGAACUCGCGCAACCGGCUGUCGGAGGAGGCGCUGCGGCGUGGUUUGCAACAGCACGCGGAUGGUGGUGAUGGCGAGGAGGAGGAUGAGGACGAGGAUGAUGAGGAGGAGUUUGUCGAUUCUCGUUCGCGACCCAAUUCCAGUUAUAGUUUGGCGGCGUUGGCGACCAAUGGCGGUGGUGCCACGAACGGAAGUGUUCCUCAUUAGAGGGCGGUCGUGGCUUGUUCGCGGAAUGAUCGCGAACCGGUUUGUUUGAGCGCGGUGCAGACUGCAACAUUUAUCUAAAGUAAAAGUGAGCGGGAUGAAGAAUGAUUUUGGAAAAGGGUGUGCGUUCUGGAAUUUGGGAUGUGAGAGUGUUUGUGUGCGCGAGAGACCGUUAAAAGAAAAAUUUCCUACCCAAAACACACAAACACACAUAUUUAUUUAAAAAACGUUAUCAUUAGCGCACGUGGGAAAACAUUACCCUCCGGGCAGCCAACAAAGCUUGGACUCAAAUUGAAGCAGUGUUAUCAUCUCUAUUUUCUUGUCUUUCUUUGUAUCAAACCUUUUUGUUGUCUAUUUUUCCUCACCUCAUCCCUCUACCAAAUUUCAUCUAGUUUUAGUAAAAAUGCCUAGAGAAAAUAAAAGCUCAUGAUAUGUUACAAUCGCUUUUUUGCAUUGGAAUACUUAUUUAAAACAAACUAAUUUAUCCAAAAACUAAACAAGAAACGUAACGUGGUAUGGUUUUUACACUCAUAUAAAUGCAAAUGCAAAAAAGGGCUCUUAUCUUGGUCAGUAGAUAAGACAAGGAAAUGUGUAUUGAAAUAUAUUAGAAUUAAUCAAAUUUACAGACUUGUUUUCCUCGUAAUUUAGCACACAUUUUUGUUUAGUCAAUUGUUUGCGUUUGGUCAUGCGGAGCAUCGAAUGAGUAAAGAGAGAGAAAAAAGGGCGGCAACGAUUUAAAACUGCAAUUUUUCACGACGAAUUUGAAUUUUUUGGAAAGUGGUCACAACGCCGAAGGAAGCGACGAAGAGUUUGGGAAUUUUGAACCAUUUUGAAUAGAAGAAUGAAAACGAAAACAUUCCAACCAAGAAGUUUCAGCCGAUUGUAAAAAUCUAACUAGUUAAAACACAAAACACAAAACAAAAACCAUCUUUAUCCAUCUACUUAUAUCUUCAAGCAAUCCAAUCUUUAAAACGUAAACGUAGCGGCGAUAUCUGCAACAGCAGCAGCAAUUAGUGCUUUCGAGUUACCUUUUUUUCGAGAGACAAAUUUAAGACAAACUUCCGCUCUGUUGUCGUCCCCGUCAAAGGCGUGAAUUGAGAAUUACUGCGCGAGAAACUUUUGACGUGAUCGUGGUCCGCUUGCGAAAGGAAAGAUUAAAAAAGUACCGGAGGCUAUCGGGGCCAAAAACCCAACAUAUUAAAGGUUGCAAAGAGGAGGAAACCGAAAGUUAACGCAUUCAGUGUGUGUGUGGAACUUGAAAGACUUCUGGAGGAAAUUUUGGGCAAACGACGGUGCAAAGCCGACUUGACCCCGCGAAGGUCGAGAAACGCGCGCGCACGCGCGUUCGAAACAGAAGGACUGUGUUUUGUAGCAUAUAAACUGUAACCCAUCUGAAGAAGAAAAAGUGACGACGAAAUAAAGCAAACACACAAGUUGUUGAAUAUAUGAUGAUUAAACGGUUAUAAUGCAAAUGAAAAAUAACAAAAAGAAUAAGAAACAGACUCUAUAUUUGCAGCAUGAUUUGCCAGUUUUUUAGAUGCUCUUGUAGACGGUAGGUUGUUUGCGAAAAAGAAAAAAAAAACAAAACAGAAAACAAAAAGUAAAACAUUUAAUGAUCUAUUCACCAAAAAAAAUCUAAAGAAAAACCAACAUUACAACAAACUUUGAAGCAAAAUAAAACAUGUUAUACACA